AUGACCCGACCAUCGCAGAAGAUUUUCAUUCCCGAUACGCUCGCUCAAUGGCCUUGGGCCCGUCACCUCAACCCGCACUACGCGGAGGUGAAGAAGGAGUCGGCGGCAUGGACAGAGAGUUUCAAGGCCUUUAGUUCCAAAGCGCAACACGCUUUCAACCGCUGCGAUUUCAAACGAUGCCGUACCGGCUGCGACUUGAUGAACCUGUUCUUCGUGAUCGACGAAUAUUCAGAUGUUUCCGGUGAAGCUGAGGUUCGUGAGCAGAAGAACGUCGUCAUGGAUGCAUUGAGGAAUCCCGACAUACCGCGUCCAAAAGGAGAAUGGAUCGGGGGAGAGGUUGCUCGCCAGUUUUGGGAACGAGCAAUCCCCCAUGCUAGCGAACGAUCGCAGAAGCGUUUCAUCGAUACUUUUGACCAGUAUCUAGAGGCAGUUGUAGCUCAAGCUACUGACCGAAGCCACUCAAACAUUCGCGAUAUUCAGAGCUACCUCGAGGUUCGCCGGGACACGAUCGGAGCCAAGCCUUCUUUCACCAUCCUGGAACAGGAUAUGAGUAUUCCUGACGAGGUCUUCGAGCACCCGACCAUGCACGAUUUGCAUAUAGCAACCAUUGACAUGCUCUGUAUUGGAAAUGACAUUGUCUCGUAUAACCUUGAGCAGGCUCGAGGGGACGACUCUCACAACAUCGUGACAAUCGUUAUGAACGAGUUGAAGACGGAUGUAGAAGGCGCCAUGGACUGGGUGGCCAAGUAUCAUGUGGAGCUAGAGACUAAAUUUUUCGACGCCCUAGGGAGGGUGCCAAAAUGGGGAAAGCUGAUCGACUCAUGGGUAGCCGAGUACUGCGAUGGCUUGGGAAACUGGGUGCGAGCAAAUGAUCAGUGGAGCUUCGAAAGUGAGAGAUACUUCGGGACGAGGGGCGUUGAGAUCAUGAAAUCGAGAUGGGUUACCUUGAUGCCCAAGGAGCGCACGGAGGAUAUAGGUCCUCAGGUCGUCAAUGGAUCUAUUUUGUGA